AUCAAAAUUCGAAUAUUCCUUUUAUUUAUUUGUUUCUUCUCCUCCUUCUUCAAUCUUUCCUCCGUCAUUCAGAUUUGGAGAAAACAGAGAGGAGAAGGAUUCGUGUAAGCAAUCUCAAAACGGUUCCUUUUCUUCUAUUCUCUAUCUCCCUCUCUCCUUUCGUUCCAAAAUUGUUACAGAAAAGAGAGAGAUGGAGAGAGAAGGAGAAACAACAACCAAUUCGAGAAGAUAUUCUCUGAGCUUUUGGGAGGUCACAACAGCUUCCGGCGUCGUUUUGGGCUUUCUUGUUGGCCUUGUUUGCGUUUAUCUCACAAUGCCUCAUUCUGAUUACAGCUUCCUCAAGCUCCCUCGUAAUCUCGAAGAUCUUCAGAUUCUUAGAGACAAUCUGGAGAUUUACACAAGUGAUUACACAGUUCAAGUUCUUGUCGGAUAUUGUCUGGUGUAUGUUUUUAUGCAGACAUUUAUGAUCCCCGGAACUGUGUUCAUGUCUUUGCUUGCUGGUGCUCUCUUUGGAGUCAUCAAAGGAAUGGCUCUUGUUGUCUCCACAGCAACAGCUGGCGCUUCAUCUUGUUUCUUCCUAUCCAAGCUCAUUGGUAGACCUUUGAUUUUCUCGCUUUGGCCCGACAAGCUCAUCUUCUUCCAAGACCAGGUCGCGAGGAGGAAAGAUGGGUUGCUGAACUAUAUGCUCUUCUUGAGACUAACACCAACAUUGCCUAACACGUUCAUUAAUGUUGCUUCUCCUAUUGUUGAUGUUCCUUACCAUAUCUUCUUCCUCGCUACAUUCAUUGGUCUGAUUCCUGCUGCUUAUGUCACUGUCCGGGCUGGGAUCGCUCUUGGAGAGCUGAAAUCAUUGGGAGAUCUUUAUGAUUUUAGCUCAAUGGCAACUCUGUUUCUCAUCGGUGUGCUCUCUAUCACUCCAACCCUAAUUAGCAAGAAAAAGGCUUAGAAGAAGAAGAUUUAAUGGAAACAUAAAGACAAAGCCUUCUCAAAUAUAUUGGAUGAUAUGCUGAGAGCAUUGCAAAAGCCUCUCUUGUGUGUAUAUAUUUAGAAUGUUUAGGACCGAUUUCAAACCCACUUGUUCUUUACAUGUUUUUAAACUUUUAAAUUUAAUGUAAUGAAAUAAUAUAUCUCAAAUGUGAUGCAUGGGCCGUUCGACAACAUGUUUACAGGCCUAGUUUAUAAUCAAAGAUAUCCAUAAAAG